AUGGAAUGUCAUCUGAAGGGUGAGAUUCCUUAUCAAGCGUCGCUGCAAUACGUGCUACUCAUUUACCGGGUACACAACUGUGGCGGCUCCAUCAUCUCUAGCACUGCCAUCCUCACCGCAGGACACUGUUAUCAAGGCGUUGGAUACUACAUCGCUGUGGUUGGAGAGAACGACCUGAGCACCAGCGAGGGCAGCGAGCAGGAGAUCCGAGUCUCGGAGCAGAUCGUGCAUCCUGACUACCCAGGCGGAACCGUCGUAGCUCCAAGCGACAUCGCCGUCUUCAAGCUGCAAUCCCCACUCACUCUGGACGAUUACGUCCAAAUCAUCGGCUUGCCCAUCGCUGAUUCACUCCCUGAAGGAGGAUCUGCGGCGGUCAUGUCUGGCUGGGGUGCAACAGAGACGGCCACCACCCCUGAUAUUCUGCAGACUGUCAACGUCACCAUCAUCGACUACGAGACAUGCAGACAAAACAUAGAUGACCUUGAGUUUGGAGACAAUCCGCUUACAGAUACCAUGGUCUGCACAGGACCGCUAUUUGAUGGCAUCUCCGUCUGCAGUGGUGACUCAGGCGGACCCCUGGCGCAGAAUGGCAUUGUGAUCGGUGUGGGGUCCUGGGGGGUAGUUAGCCCGUCGUGCGGAUAUCCCGGCGCCCCUUCCGUCUUCACCAGAGUGUCUGCUUUCAUAGACUUUAUCAACCAAAAUCUGUGAACCCGCACCUCACAUGUAUAAAUGAUAUGUGGAGGGGCAGAUACAGCUUUAAUACAUUGCUUCCCACCAUCUGCAGUUCCGUUCAGUCGUCCUUCUCAGUUGAGAAAGUAAUGUAAAACUUGAAACAAGAGUGCUAAUAAAAUUACCAAUUACCAUUCUAGAA